UUUUUUAUAUUAUAAACUAUUUUUAGUAGUCGUAUUUUUUGUUUAUAUACUUUUCGAUCAAAUCAUAAUUUAAUUUAUAACUUCCUUCCACUAAAGGAGGAAUGACUUUCGGCAGAAACUUCUUAGUAUAAUUCACCAAAAACUAGAACAUCUCUCUUCUUCUCCAUCUUAUUAUUCUUCUUAAAAAUGUUAUCACUUGCUUCUGAACCCCCACCAUUAAUCAAUCCCACACAACCAUCGGUGCCCGUGUCUUACCCGAUCAAAACCCUUGAAGAGCUUGAGUCGAGAUCUUACUUUGACUCAUUUCACUACCCAUUCAACAAAGCUUCGGUUCCAGUAAUUCAACAUGGAACGACGUCGUCCGAUAGGCCUCAGCUGCUUGUGUGCCAUGAUAUGGCUGGUGGGUAUGGAGACGAUAAAUGGGUCCAGGGGCAGGGAGGGACUAAUGGCCGCAAGGCUUAUUCUAUAUGGCAUUGGCAUCUCAUCGAUAUUUUUGUCUACUUCUCCCAUAAUCUUGUUUCUCUUCCUCCUGUUUCAUGGGUUAAUACAGCUCACCAACAUGGCGUUAAGGUACUUGGGACUUUCAUUGUUGAAGGGGAUAGUGGUGAAGAGAGAGCUAUUGUUGAGAAGUUGCUCGAAACAGAAGAAUCAUCUCAAAUGUAUGCUGACAGGUUGACAGAACUAGCUCUCAAUUUGGGCUUUGAUGGAUGGCUGCUCAAUAUGGAAGUUACAUUAAUGAGGAGCCAAAUUCUUGUUCUGAAAACAUUUAUAAGCCAUUUGACUCAAACUAUGCAUUCAAAAAUUUCAGGUUCUUUAGUCAUAUGGUACGAUGGUGUGACAGUGGACGGCUUCACUAUUUAUCAAAAUCAACUGAAUGAUAAAAAUAAACCUUUCUUUGAUAUUUGUGACGGAAUCUUUCUCAAUUACUACUGGGAGAAAGACUACCCUAAUAGCUCUGCUGCUGUUGCCGGAGAUAGAAAGCAUGAUGUCUACUUUGGCAUAGAUGUAUUUGGAAGGGACACUUUUGGAGGUGGACAAUGGAAGACACACUUUGCUCUUGAUGUGCUGAGAAGGGGCGAUGUCUCAGCUGCUCUAUUUGCUCCUGGAUGGGUCUAUGAGACUAAACAACCACCAGAUUUUCAAACUGCACAAAAUCAUUGGUGGAGCCUUGUGGAGAAAUCAUGGGGAAUAGGAAAACAUUAUCCUAGAGGCCUACCAUUCUACUCAAAUUUUGAUCAGGGCCGUGCUCAUCAUUUUUCUGUUGAUGGAGUGCAUAUUCUAGAUUCUUCAUGGAAUAACCUUUCAACUCGAGGCUUUCAGCCAUUUCUCGAGUACAAGGAUAAUUCUACCUUAAAUGACAUAAAAGUGCUUGUUAAUUUCAAUGGAGCAUCUUACGGUGGUGGAAGUAACAUCACUUUCAAAGGAAGACUUAAUAAAGGCAAUGCUUAUUUCACAACAAGACUAUUUCAUGGGAAGCUUCCUUUGGGGAACUCACCUCUUUACUUUACAUACUCUGUGAAAUCUAAGGCGGAUUCUCUGCUUGGACUAAUUCUCAAUUUCUCUUCUGGGGCAUGGGAGAAAAAGUCUGUACUUCUUGCACCAGCUAAAGUAGAUCAUCUCUCAGGCAAAUUUAGUACCGUGGUCACAACACGUCAACUAGAAAAUCUUGGAGCUUCUUCAGAAUGGACCAUACAGGAGAGCAGCAUCUCACUUAGUGAACACACAUUAACAGAAAUCUCUGCUUGUUGCUACAGGCCUGAUCCUCAAAUUGUGAAAUUAGACGACGAUAACACUUCCGAUCAAAGUACAGCCUCAGUCGAGUACUAUGCUGUGCUUGGCCACAUAACAGUCAAAAGUUCAGAACAAAAAUCAAAUUUCCCACCCUCUUCUUCAUGGGUUGUCGAGGGUGAACACAUCAAAUGGACUCCAUCCUCUGAAGAUUCUAAGACUGUGAGUGUAAAGAUUAUUUGGAAAUUGAAAGAUGGGAUUGAUUCUACAUUCCCAAAAUACAAUAUUUAUGCAAAGAAAGCAGAAUCAGCAAGUGAGUUCCUUGGAGUGGCGCGAGUUCAAGCGUUUUAUGUUGGUGACUAUGCAGUUCCCUCUGGUAGUUCUGGUGUCAAAUUUUUCAUUCAAGUGUGUGAUGUUGAUGGGAGCAGCCAGACACUAGAUGAUUCCCCUUCUCUCCUAUUGAAGCCAACCACCUAAAGAUAACUCUCAUUAUUAUGUCUUGCUAGUCCUUUUAUUACAUCUUCAAUAAGCAGCAUUAUCCAAAAUAACAAUAAGAAUGCUUUAAUAAUAAGGACUUUGAUCCAAAAAUAUGAUGGUUCGCAAAACCCAUCAAUUUAAAUUGUAUCUUUCCCACCUUGCCAUAAUAAGAAAUUGUAUCUUUCUUUCUUCA